CGCCAGAUUGAUGAAUGAAUGACAGUCCAGCUUUAUUGACUUGUUAUUAACUUUUAUUAAAUUUACUUUAAGCACGGUUUCAUUGAGGCUAAAUCUGCUGGACGACAAUGGGCAAAAGAAAGGCAGAGAGAACAGAGGGAGCAGCUCCUCCAAAGAGAUCACUGAGGUCGAGGAAGCCCAAGACUGCAGGAGAUGAACAUGGCACUCCCACGGCCAACCACCAGGAGGCAGCACUCAUACAGUCACAGGACUCUGACAAGAUGGACUCCAAUUCCCAGAAUGCUUUGGUCUCAGAGGUUGUUCAGCAGGGACAUGCCGACCCCUCUGACAGCAUUACGAACAAGGACGCCACCAAACCUGACUGCAGUCUACAAGGGAAGACGAUCCCCACAUGUGCAGAGGACUCUGAGAAGAUAAACUUCAAGUCCCAUGAUGCUUUGGGGGGUCCUACGGCAGAGGAGGGUGUACGUGGACGCGAGGACACAGAUACGGGACCUCCAGAAGCACAAGGCAACAUGAGUCCUGUCUGUGAGGCUGCAGACCCCGACCCUUUAGAUAGCGCAGAGAGUGCCCAGUUGGUACAUCCACCCUCUACCAUGGAAACUGGUCCAUUAGCACAGCCAACCUCUACCACGGCAACUAUCCAGUUGGUCCACCCCAGCAGCUCGGCUGAGAACAUCUCACAGACUAAAGUGCUGGAUCACCACACCGCCACUCCCACCCAUCCCUUGAAGCAGACAGAGGACGCGGAGGUCAGUGGUGGGGGUGGCUGCCAUGAGAUGGAGGCGCGGGAUGGAAGUGGAGGUGAAAGUGGGCGUCUGACUCCUGCAGAGGGUGAAGUGAAGGGGAGCACAGAGGUGAAGCUUGGGGAGUCACUGAGCCGUCAUCGGCGGGAGUCUAUGGAGGAGGAAGAGGAGAACUCACAUAGGCCCCUGAAGGGGGAGGAGGAGAUUGGGGGAGGCAGGUUCGGGCCCCAGGCCCAGGCAGAGGUAGAGAAGGUCUCAACAGAGGGGGAGAAAAAGGGAGGAGCUGAGGUCUCCAACGCCAUGAAGGAGGGAGAGGAAGAGGAGCAGAAGGAGGAGCAGGCCUUAAACAAGCUAAAGGAAGACGUUGUGGCAUCUACCACAGAGAUGAGGGAGGAGGAGGAGGAGAGGAGGUCAGAGGACAGAGGGGAAGAGGACGAAACGACGGAGAAGCAAAAAGACGAGGAGGACGAUGCAUCUCAAAAGCAAGAAGACGAGAAAGAAGAGAUUUCCCGGAAGCAAAAAGACGAGGACGAGGCGUCUCAGAACCAAAGGGCAAGCGUCAAGGAGGAGGAGGAGGAGGAGUCAUCGCAGGGAGGCGACGACGGAGCAGCAGUGGCGACUGGAAGAGUUGCGCCGAAGAGGAAGAGGAUGGGGAUGGGGGUGAGGAGGAGGAUGGGGAUGGGCCGACCCAGCGAGAGGGAGAGGAAGACGCAUGCGGAUGGACAGACUAGUGAGAAGGAGAAGAAGACACCAGCGGAUGGACAGACCAGUGAGAAGGAGAAGAAGACACCAGCAGAUGGACAGACCAGUGAGAAGGAUAGGAAAACACCAGCGGAUGAACAGACUAUGGAGGAGAAGAAGACACCAGCGGAUGGAGAGACCAGUGAGAAGGAUAGGAAAACACCAGCGGAUGAACAGACUAUGGAGGAGAAGAAGACACCAGCGGAUGGAGAGACUAGUGGCAGGAGGAGCGUUGGAGGUGUAGGAGGAGGAGUAGAUGGAGAUGAAGGAGAGGUGGAGAGAGAGAGAACGUGUGGAAUGGAAGAGGAGGAGAAGAAUAGUGUUUCCGAGAUGGAGGAAGCAAGAGGAGAGAUGGAGAGAGAGAAAAAUGAAGGGAUGGUGGAGAUGGAGAGGAGUAGUGUUGCAGAGAUGGAGGAAGGAGGACGAGAGAUGGAGAGGGAGAAAAGUAGAGGGGCGACGAGGAGGAGAGAGUUCUGCCAUUGGCCACUGUACGAUCAGAUGUAG